UAGUUUGAUUGUGUCGAGUAGUUAACGACAUCGUGCGGGGCAACAGCUUCAGUUAUCAUGACGAUGUACCUUGGGGGUCAAGAAGUGAAGCACUGUCGUAACCCUGACAACCAAGGGUCAAACCUGAAUCCUCCGGUCACGAGGUAGACGUGUGUGUGUUUCUUACCUGAGAUAUCCACGACUUUGAGCGACGAGGCUAACGGGAACUUCUCCUUCAGGACGGUGGCGAUCCGGACCUCUCCGUCCGUCUGUGUGGACAGACGUCUGUGCGCCUGGCCGCACACGACAACCUGCGGGGGCAGAAGACGAGGAGCGGUUGUGGAGCCGUGCAGUAAUGGAGGCAGCGAAGCAAUCACUGGCUGUUGAUGGAUGUCAUGUCCCUUUUCACCACACGCCUGAGCUUUGUUUGUGCACAACAAUUAUGGGAAAAACACAAAGGUGGGCCGCCAUCAAUGCAGCCAUACCAGUGUCAGAAAUCAUCCCCAAGAGCUGAUCAGUGUCAGAGCUGCUGACGUCAGAACCCUUUAAAGACAAGUAACCGGAGAGUCUGAAGAGUGGACAGAUGCAGAGACGCUGAGAUGGACUGCAACGCUUUCCUCACAUUGGCUUUGAUGGUUCUUUAUCUCAGCGGGACCUGUUUUGCUGAGGAGGAUGCAGAGACUCCAUCCUGCCCAGAAUACCAGGAGGGAUUUGAUGGCUCCUGCUAUGAGUUUGUCAGUUUGCAGCAGUCUUUCCUCAGUGCACAGGCAUGGUGUGAGCGAGGCGGAGGUCACCUAGCCUUCAUCCUGAAUGAUGAAACUCAGCAGUUCCUUCAGAAGCACCUGGAGCCAGAGAAGGACUGGUGGCUCGGACUGGCACCUGCUGCUCCAAACCUCACGCUGGAGUCCGCUGCCACUGAGGGUUCCCUUGCGUGGCUGGAUAGCUCAGAUGUCAGCUAUAGUAACUGGGUGAAUGUUCCAGAUGCAGAAGCAGCCUGUGGACAUGUCCUGAGACAUUCAAGGUUCCAGUGGGCAGCAACAGUGAACUGUAGCCAGGAACUCAACUUCAUCUGCCAGUUUGAUUCCGGGAGAUCCAUUGCAUGCGAUGGUCAAAAUGCCACUCUGCAAUGUGGCUCUGGGCAAGUUAUAAAGAUUGAUGACAGCUUCUAUGGCCGAAAAACAAUUCACUACUGCCGAUCCCAACUUACAGCCUCACCCACAUCAUCCCAGGAGGAGUGCAGCUGGAUCGAUGUGGUUAAUUCUGUAACAGCCUAUUGCCACGGACUGCAGGCUUGCCAGGCUCCAGUGGAUCUGAGCUCUUUUGGUGAACCGUGCCCUGUGCUGGGAAGUUACCUCUCUGUAGAGUACCACUGCAAACAAGGACUCCACUUGUUGAUGAGUAAACUGGCGGCUGUCUUUGAUAAUGUCACCAUCACGGUGAAGUGGCUCCUUCAUCCAUUUCAGGGUAACUUGACGUGCACAGUGAAUGCUGGAGACGGCCACAUUAUUGACCCUUACAGCCCAGAAGAGAUGGAGAGCACUAUUAUGCACAAAUUCACCCGUCCCGGAGUUUUCAUGGUCGGGGUGGAGUGCACCACCAGUGACUGGCAUGUCACAGCUCAGAAAGCCAUAACUAUUCAGGAGCCCGUUGGAGAGUUCGGUGUGAUCAAGUGCUAUAGCAGGAAUGUGUCAACAGAUGGCACUAAAUGCAAUGCGCUUUAUGGCAGACCUGUUCAAAUUCAGGUGAUGGUGGUGGCAGGUACAAAUGUUUCCUACACCAUUCAACAUGAAGACCAUUUGGUUGCGAACAUGUCAGCGGACAAAGGGAUUACGCCCCACAACAUUACACUGAAUUUAAGUGUGGUGGAGAAGCUCGGGCCUGGCUGCCACAACCUGACUCUGGAUGCCUCAAACAGGGUCACAGCCCACCCUGCGUCCACUGACUUGGAGCUGUGUCUGCUGGAGCCUGUUGUAGGCCUGCAAGCCUUAGUCAUGUCAGUGGCAGGCGAGUGUCCAGACUCCACCGAUAUUGUCUUUGGUGUUUCGUUGGAGCGAGGAGUCCCCGUGCAGCUUUUCUUCAACCUCACUGGAGCAACAGACACAUUGUCCGAGAGCAGAGACAUGCUCAAUGGUAGCUUACAAGAUUAUACAUUCUCCAGCCCGUUCGUAGGAUUGUUCAAAGUCAAAGUACGAGCCGUGAAUGCCCUCUCCGCCUCUGAUGUGGAUGUGGACUUGGAGAACAUACUCCGGGCUUGCCAGAAUUACUCUGACUUUUCACCAGUUGAACAUGGAAACACAACAGGUGAUAUGAGUGUCGACAACUCUACUGACUUGAAAAUAAUUGCUACUCCUGACACUUUGAUCAACUACACUCAGAGUGUCACACUGAGAGUCAAUGGAACUGAAUCCUUACCCAGCAAAGGACUCGCAUUUGAAUGGAAAUGUAAAGGAAACUGCAAGUGCAGAAACAUAACAAUGGAGAAGUUGCAUGUCAUCGAAAAAGAUUGCCUUCCAAAUCCCUUUGAAUUUUUGAAAUACACUUUAAAGGUGAGGAAACCCACCUGGUUUAGAAAAGGGGUCGGCCUCGCUUCAGCUUCAAAGUGCAUCACCGUUUCUCCAAAAGAAUUCACAGAUGUCGCCAUCAGUUGUGAUAAUUGCACUUCUGUAAAUGUGAACGACCAUGUAAGACUGAGACUGAGCUGUGUGACAACUUGUCCAGACGUAAUCUGGUAUAUCGAGGACCCCAAACCUUUGACGGGUGGCCUUAAAAAAUGUUACUCCACAGCAGGAAGGAGGCCCCCUAUUGAGACUCAGGAGGGCAGCACCGAGUAUAUUGUACCCAGCCAACACCUGAAGGUCUCCAGGGACACACUAUACAACAUCAGUGUGAUUGCUUAUGGCAAGAAUGAGCCCGGUUUUGCCAAGUUCACUCUUCCAGUACCAGGUCCUGAGCCAACUGAACCAGCUGCAACCACAACUGAAUGCAGCAUUUCCCCCACAUCAGGAACUGUUCUUGAUGCUUUCAACAUUACCUGCAAACCAAGCCCUUUCUGCUCUGCAGGCUGUUUUUAUUGCUUCAAAACCGACCAAGGCAAACAUCUGCGCUGCAGUUACACAAAUGAGGUGAAAUCUGUCUACCUGCCUCUUGGAGAUAAGAACAACAAUUACAGUUUGUCUGUUGUGGUAACUGUGAAAAAUGAAUAUGAGAAAGCCACCGCAACUGUAACUACUCAGGUACGGAAAAGUAACUCUGGUACCUCAGUGGAGGCUCUCCAGUCUGCAGUGGAGGACACUGUGACUCAGUUAGAGGAGCAAGGUCUACUCUCGGGUGAGACACUCGGACAAAUAUUUACUUCAGUUUCUGACAUGCUGAACACAGAGGCCGGCCAAGAUCAGAAGGAUGCAAGGACGAAGCUCAGAGAGCAAAUGCUGACCAAAAUGGCCACAGUGCUGGUGGACUCCCCCACUAAUACCACACAGGGAGUGCAAGUGACGGCCAGAGCUGUGGCCGGACUCACCCAGCGCUCAGAUGAGCUCAGUCCGGCUGCUCAAGAAGAGGCGGGUUCGUUGUUGGUAGACCUCAGCUCCUCCCUCAACACCGUGGGUGUUAAGCAGGACGACAGCGAUGAUGGAGAAGUUGUGCAAGCAGCUACACCCAUAGUUGAAGCAGCCAGCAAUAUUUUGAAUGUUUCAUCCAAUAAAAAAGUCUCCGAUUUUCUCCUGACUGGGAUAAACAAUGUUCAAAGUGCUUUGCUGAAUAACAGAAAACUGGAUGGAAAACCUGCCAUCAUUGAUUCUGGUCAGAUCAGUGUGUAUGUCAACAGAGUCACUUCAGAAACCAUGCAGAUACAGCAUAUAAAUGUACAGAAGAGCAGCUCGUCCAAAUUCUCCUUCCCUAAACUGCCUGAAGACGUUGUGUCUCCAGAGGAGCCAGUGGAUGUGAGGAUGAUGAGCUUUGAGAAAAAUCCAUAUUCUUGGAAGGAGGGAAACAUCACAGGAACUGUUGGAUCUGUGUCUCUCACCACAGUCAACGGCACAGUCAUUCCUGUCGAGAACUUACCUGAUGAGAUCGAGAUUUUCCUACCAAGACUCGACGUUGGGCAGGAGAACAGCACCAUCCUUGACCUCGCCAAUUUCAGCACAUUAAUAAUUGAUGUCCCCUCACCGGAUGUAACGCUGGUGCUAAAAAUGGAGCCGUCUGAGGACCUUUCUUUCAUGCUAUACCUGGGAUAUAAAGAUUAUCCAAAUGAUGAGAGUUACGUAGCCAAGACAAAGAUCCCUCUCGAGAAUACCAAAACAGAGGAAAAAUAUACCUGGGUGCUGAGUCCCCAAGACAGAAGAGGAGAUGUUGGAGUGCACUACCUUGUCAUGAAGCCCAUUGUCAAGCCAGGUGUGAAAUCCAUCAACACCACUGUCACUGUCAUUUCAAUCGCUGCCCAGUGCAAAUACUGGAAUGAAAGUGAAUCUUCUUGGAGUGAAGAUGGCUGCAGGGUCGGUCCACUCACCACGCCUUUGGUCACUCAGUGCCUCUGUAACCACUUGACUUUCUUCGGCAGCUCUUUCUUUGUCAUGCCGAACUUGGUGGAUGUGUCACGCACAGCAGAACUUUUUGCCACAUUCACAAACAACCCUGUGGUGGUGUGUUUCGUGGGGUCCAUCUUUGCUGCUUAUAUCCUGGUGAUUGUGUGGGCACGCAGAAAAGACAUCCAGGACUCAGCCAAGGUCAAGAUAACAGUGCUUGAGGACAACGACCCCUUGGCCGAGUAUCGUUAUAUGCUGAGUGUCAGCACCGGGCAUCGGCAUGGUGCAUCCCCCUCCUCUCAGGUGACCGUGACCCUGCUGGGUAUCGAGGGAGAAAGUGACCCUCACCACCUGACCGACGCUGAGAAGCCCAUGUUUGAGAGGGGUGGGGUGGACAUGUUCCUGCUGACCACACACUUUUCUCUUGGAGAUCUGCAGAGCAUCAGACUGUGGCACGACAACUCGGGAGAACACCCUGCAUGGUAUGUCAACAAAGUGAUGGUGCAGGACCUGGAGAGUGGUCAGAAAUGGCAUUUCCUGUGUAACUCCUGGCUCGCUGUAGAUGUGGGAGAGUGCGCUCUCGACAAGGUCUUCCCAGUAGCCACAGAAAUGGAUUUGAAGAAGUUCAGCAACUUGUUCUUUAUGAAGACAGCCAAGGAUUUCCGUGAUGGCCACAUCUGGUUCUCUGUCAUUAGUCGGCCUCCAUGCAGCACAUUCACACGUGUACAGCGAGUGUCCUGCUGUUUUUCUCUUCUGCUGUGCACUAUGCUUACCAGCAUUAUGUUUUGGGGCAUCCCGACAGACCCCUCUGAGCAGACCAUGGACCUGGGCCACAUCGAGUUUACCUGGCAACAGGUGCUGAUCGGAGUUCAAAGUUCAAUCAUCAUGUUUCCCAUCAAUCUCCUCAUCGUGAGCAUCUUCAGAAACACUCGUCCUCGAGAGAAAACUAGACAAGCAGAUGCGUCCAAACAGGGGAAGACUGGCCGAGUUUCUCCAUCACAGACUUCUUCUCUGCAGAGGAAGCUGAAGGACAUCACAGCCGAUACUGUGAUCAAGGACAUAAAGAAAAUUGCUCAGUCCCUCUCGAAGGCCAUGAAGAGUCCACUGCCACAUCAGGAGCUCCAUCCUGGUCAGAAGGCAGACAUCAACACUCUGUUGUCUCUGGUGGAGGACAUCAUCAGGCAGCAGAACCGAGCGACUGGAGACUUCUACACUGACACAUCCAAAAGGGAUCAAUCCAUGAUCCUCAGUUUAAGGGCCGUCAGUAUUCAAGAAAACGGUGAGUGUGGCAGCCCUGAGAAGACUUCAGAUGAAGUCCAGAAAAAGAGCAACAACAGCCGAUACCUGUACAGGCAGCUGCGUCAUGUUGAGAAGGAGCUGGGUCUGUUGGGACCUUCUCGUUUCCCAAACCCAGACAGCUACAAUCGAGCCAUGCAGCAGGUUCAGGGAAUGAAGGGUCUUCUGGAGCAUCGCCUCCCCGCAUCCAGCCUGGACCAGCAUGACCGCAGCCCCAGUCCAGAACAGGGCAUCACCAAUGGGGACUCCGCCAAGAAAUGCUGUCAAGGAGGGCUGCCAUGGUGGUUUGUGUUUGUUGGAUGGAUAUUGGUGAUUGCAACCAGCGGUGUGUCAGGAUACUUCACCAUGAUGUAUGGGCUGACGUACGGGAAAGACCGCUCUAUAAGCUGGCUCAUCUCCAUGUUGGUCUCCUUCUUUGAGAGUCUCUUCAUUACCCAACCUCUGAAGGUUCUUGGUUUUGCUGCUUUCUUUGCUCUCGUUUUGAAGAAAGUUGACCAGGAGGAGUAUGGAGCGCCUCAGAUAGAUGAGAGUCUGAGAAACCCAGAUGAUCCUGAUGCAGUGCGGGCAGCGAGAAGAGACAGCACAUGCAGUUUCUAUCAGCCACCACCUCCCACUGACAUUGAGAGGAUGAGGAACAACAUGAUUAAGGAGCAGAAAGUCUUUGCACUAAUGGGGGAGAUUCUUACCUACAUGGGAUUUUUGUGGAUGUUGCUCCUGGUGGCGUAUGGUCAGAGGGACCCCAACGCUUUCUUUCUCAGCCAACACAUUCGGCAGAGCUUCAGCAAAGGAAUCUCAGACAGUAUGAGUAUUCAGCAAGUGUUCAACUGGGCAAACACAACUCUGCUGAGCAACCUGUUUGGAGAGCGCCCAGGAUUUAUCACAGACGGAAACUCAAAGCUGGUGGGUAACGCUCGUCUCCGCCAGGUGAGGGUGAAGAAUAACUCCUGUCACAUUGCUCGCUCCAUGCAGCAGGCUGUGCUGGACUGUCACGCUCCGUACUCGUGGGAGUUGGAGGACAUGGGCUCCUACUCUCCAGGCUGGAGUCGCCCUGUGGGACGUAACACCUCACUGAACCUUCAGAGCCCGUGGACGUACCAGUCCCAGGCUAAACUGAGGGCGUAUCCAAUCUGGGGCAGUGUAGUACUCUACAGAGGAGGAGGGUUUGUGGUAGAUCUUGGGCCGGAUUUACCGAAUUCCAGCAGAUCCCUUCAGUACCUGUAUGACCACACCUGGUUUGAUGUGCACACCCAAGCGCUCUUUGUUGAGUUCACUGUGUACAAUGCCAACGUCAACCUCUUCUGCAUUGUCACACUCAUGCUGGAGACCACAGCCAUAGGAGCUUUUCAAUUCCGCAUCGAGCUUCAGAGUGUGCGUCUAUACCAGUCCACCGGGGGCCUUCACAUUUUUGUCAUGGCCUCCGAAGCCAUCUACUUCCUCUUUAUCAUUUAUUACAUGUUUGUUCAGGGGAAGCUGAUGAAGCAGCAGAAAUGGGCCUAUUUCAAGAGUAAGUGGAACCUGCUCGAGCUGGCGAUCAUCAUUCUGAGCUGGAGUGCACUGUCUGUCUUCAUCAAGAGGACUCUACUGGGGAAGCGGGACAUGGAUUAUUACCAGAACAACAAAGACCUAUUCGCCAGUUUCCAUGAGACAGCCAAGUCCGACGCAGUGCUCGGGUAUCUGAUUGCCUUCUUAGUGCUGUUGGCUACAGUCAAACUGUGGCACCUCCUGAGACUGAACCCCAAGCUGCACAUGAUCACAUCCACACUGCAGCGAGCCUGGACUGAUAUUUCAGGCUUCCUGGUGGUCAUGACCAUCAUGUUCCUGGCUUACUCCAUUGCUUCUAACCUGAUGUAUGGGUGGAAGUUAUACUCCUAUCGGACUCUGCUGGAUGCUGCACAGACCAUGGUCAGCCUGCAGCUUGGCAUUUUUAACUAUGAAGAGGUUCUGAAUUAUAACCCAGUGCUUGGUGCUUUCCUCAUCGGCUCCUGCAUCGUGUUCAUGACCUUUGUGGUGCUGAACCUCUUCAUCUCUGUCAUCCUGGUGGCAUUCAGUCGAGAGCAAAUACAUCACAAGCCAUCAGAAGAGGAUGAGAUUGUGGACCUGAUGCUCAUGAAACUCUGCAGUUUAUUUGGACUCAAAUGUAAGAAACAAGUGGGCGACAGCUCGACUGGGAGACCGUUUGUUUCAUCUGUUUCAACAACAUCUGCAAAUUCUUCUGGAAAUAUCCAUGAGGGCUGACAUGUCACACUACAGUCAGAGCUUGACAGUGCUUUGUGUCAGUUAUUGUGUUUGCUAUUGCCAUAUUGCUUUUUUUAUGCAAACUAACAUGUUGUCGCUUUGUGACUAAAUAUUAGCCCUUGCAAGUCUGUAAAUUAUUAGCACCUGACUCUACAGCUGCAGAUCUGUCAUUAUUGUAGAAGACGCAGAGAGAGAGACAGCAAGGAACUAAGGAUAAACCUUAUGUUUUGCUGUGAGACACUGUAUUUCCGCUGCUGUAUAUUUGAUAAACAAAUAAAUGUGUUUCUGUGA